AGCAACCAUAAAAAGCCGUCAAGAAAAUUGUAUUGUUAGCUAAAGGGUUCAAUUGGGUGCAUAUAGAUGUAAAGAUCUAUGCACAAGCAAUCUGGUAAAUGGGGUUCUUGAAUUUGGGAGAAAUACAGGGAUCUGUGGUUCUUGAAAUGGGAUUUUUGGUUUUCUUGGAGAAAAAUGCUCUAUGGGGAGCUUAAAGGUCUGAAAUUUGUUAGGAAUAAUAUAAGGAUGAAGCAUUUGGUGGGAAGUCCAGGAACUGUGAGUGGGUUGCUGUUGAGAUUGGGGCAAUGUUUAUUAGCAGCUGGAUCAAUUGGGAUUAUGGUUUCUGCUUCUGGUUUCUCUAAUUACACUGCUUUCUGCUAUUUGAUUGCAUCUAUGGGUCUUCAAGUAUUGUGGAGCUCUGGGCUUGCAUGUCUGGACAUAUAUGCUUUAAGGAUAAAACGGGACCUUCAAAAUCCAGUCUUAGUGAGCCUUUUUGUUGUUGGAGACUGGGUAACUGCAACCUUGUCGCUGGCAGCUGCGUGCUCAUCAGCAGGGAUUGCUGUUUUAUAUUCAAAAGAUUUAAACUUCUGCAGUACUCCACCUCAUCUUCCAUGUGGUCGAUUUGAGCUCUCUGUGGUGUUGGCAUUCUUAACCUGGUUUCUUAUCGCCAUUUCUUCUCACGUGAUGUUUUGGAUUCUAGCCGCCCUCUAAUGAUGUGAGCACGUCUCUCUGCUGAGAAUAUUGCUACUUAUGAAAU